AUGUCGGCCUCCACCACCUCUCGCCGGCCCAUCAAGGGAAUCCUGAAAAACAAAGGUUCCACCACUUCCUCAGUCGCAGGCUCCGCCCAGCAGUCUGGUGGACCACUCCAGGAGGUCCAUAGGAAGAAAUCCCAAAAGUGGGACGAGUCGAACAUCUUGGCGACCUACCGUCCAGAGUACAGAGACUACGAUUUCAUGAAGAUGAAUGAGCCCAGCACUCCCCAGUUCGGUCUGCAGGACUAUGCGGAAGGAAGUGCAGAGAGUGAAACCACGGCCCUCGACAGCUUAGCCAAGAGAUUAGCCGCUACCUACACCUCCGAUUCCAACUAUCCAGUGCGGGAGCCCGAAUUGGAUGGAGCGCACAGCAGCAAGAUCUACCUUGACAGGCAGGAGAAACACCGGCAGUUCGAAAUGAAGAGGAAACUUCACUACAACGAAGGAAAGAACAUCAAACUCGCCCGACAACUGAUUUCCAGAGAUCUACUGCAUGACUACGAGGAUGAUAAAAAUGAAGAAAGUUGGCAUGUCACCAGCCACGACAAGACUACCACCCAGGAAGAAGCAGAGCAAGGCGCCACCAGCGACAAAGGCCUGCAGACACAGACCUGCUGCUACGACAAUGAUGAUGACGAAGACGACGACGAGUAG